AAAGCACAUUACAAAGCUCAACACCAGAAAAACACACACACACACAAUCAGAAAAUCUUGUCUUCCUUCAUUUUAAUUAUUCUUUCAAUAUGGUUUGCAACAUCAGUAGUGCUGAUAAAAUCAUUUCCACCAAUAUAACUCCAAAAUUGGCUACUUCACCUCCUCAUCAAUAUUCUCUCUCACCUUCAUCACCAUUAUCUCCCGCCGGAUCUCCCAAAACUCCGUCAACUCCGUCACCGUCUCCUCCACGAAUCGCCGUCCCUUGCGCCGCAUGCAAGAUCCUCCGCCGGAGAUGCGUGGAGAAAUGUGUACUGGCUCCAUACUUUCCACCAACUGAGCCAUUAAAGUUCACCAUUGCACAUAAAGUCUUUGGAGCUAGCAACAUUAUCAAAAUGUUGCAGGAACUGCCAGAGGAUCAAAGGGCAGAUGCAGUAAACAGCAUGGUUUACGAGGCGAAUUCGAGGAUUCGAGAUCCAAUCUAUGGGUGUGCAGGAGCAAUUUGUCAGCUGCAGAAGCAAAUCAGUGAGCUUCAAGCAGAACUGGCAAAAGCACAGGCAGAGAUGUUAAACUUGCAAUGCCAGAAUGAUAACCUCAGGUCCUUCAUUAUUUGCAGCGCUAGAAGUUCAUCAUCAUCAAUGGAGUCACAAGAUAAUGAUCAUCAAGAACCCAUUUCAUCAUCUGAUGAUACGAUGAUCAUUAGUUGCCCGAAUACUACUAAUAGUGAAAACAAGAAUGAUACAACUAGCUUCUUUCUUGAUGAUGAGAAUCUCUAUGCUGCAUGGGAGCCACUUUGGACCUGAUGAUGAUGAAUGAUGAUUUUUGGAGAUUUUAAUGAUUCAUUGUCUAGAAGGAUUAAUCAAUUAAUGUCGAUCUGCAAAGUGUGGACGCAAAGAUUAUUUACAGAUAUAGGCACACAGAAUAUAUAAUAUAAGUAGUUUAGUUUCAAAUUAAUGUCUCUUGCUAGUCGGAAAAAUUCCGGCACCUUUGACAUCAAUUUCACAUGUAGUAAUAUUUAUUUUCAAAGUAUUAUUAUGGCUUCUUAUAUAUGGUAGACAGAUAACUGUACAAAGAGGAAAUUUUCAGGGCGCAUAUGUCCUGAAACUAUUAUAGUUCGGCGUAAUGAAAAUGUACUCUUUCCUAUCCUCAAGAAGCAAGAACAACAUUUUUGCACCC